CGGUCCUAGCGGGCUGUUGAGCCGCCUGGACCCCGCAGCUCCUGAAAUGGAGCCAGAAGUGUUGGAUGCAAGCAACCCCUUUACCGUAGAAGGCGACCACCUGAUUCCAGACCUGGACCUGUAUGAUGCCGACAUCUACGACGUCCCGGACCCGGGACUGCUCAACGAAGAGGAUGAGUCAUCGUUUAAGGAGCCGGCCCCACGGCUUUUUACCGGCAACUCUCGGUGGCAGAACGUGACCCCGAGCGCCCGUGCCCGCCAGCUGUGGCUGCUCCUGCGUACAGGCCUCCAGACUUUUGUGGAAAAGGUGCGGCUUGCCCAUGGCAUCUGUCUCAAGGCCUCUUUCCGGCCUGGCUCUUCCCCUAGGGGUCCCCUGCAGGACCCCAGCCCGGAUCCUCUUGGCUCCCCUAGGUGGGUGCUGCCUACAACCCCUUCCCCCGCCCCAACCGCUGGUCCCGGUCCGCAGGAAAAGAGAGCUGAGCUGCGCGUGGCGCGCUUGACGCACGGGCUAGAGCCGCUGCGCCGCCUGGAGGUGGCAGCCGGGCUGUGUUCGGUGGCACAGGACCCCGUGGGCAGACGCUUCGUGGUGCUGGACGGUGCGGGCCGCCUGCACGUGCGCAGAGAGGAUGGCUGGGCGCAAGAGAAGCUGCUGGCUCCGGUCGCGCUUACAGGGCUGGUGGCAGUGCUGGGCGAGCUGGGCACUGUGGGCCGCUUUGUGGGCUGGGGCCCAGCGGGGCUGGCCAUCCUAAGGUCCGACCUCAGCCUGCUGUGGCAGAGUAAGCCAGUGGAGCGCAGGGUGCCGGGCCACGAGCCAGUCUGCUGCCUGCCGGUGCCCGACCCCGGGCUGCUGCUGGUGGCGGAGGCGGGCGGAAGCCUGGCGCUCUGGAAGUUCCGUGCAGGGGGUCGCUGCCUGGUUCCCCAUGGGUCCCCUCUGCGGCUGCCGCCAAGCCUCUCGGGUGCGCUUGCGCGCCUGGCUCUGGGGCCUCGGCAUCCCCCUCACGUCCCACGCUGCUGCGCAGCCUACGGCUCGGCCGUGCUCACCUUUGAUCUGCACACCUGGGCUCUCACAGAUGUGCGUCAGGAUCUGCACAAAACCACCAUCUCCGACCUGGCGUACUGUAGAGAGGUGGGGGCCAUGGUGACAGCUUCCCGGGACAGCACGGUGAAGGUGUGGGAGGCUGACUGGCAGAUCCGGAUGGUGUUCGUGGGACACACAGGCCCGGUGACUGCGGUGGCCGUUCUCCCGAACACUGCCCUUGUGCUGUCGGCCUCGCAAGACGGGACGCUGCGCACGUGGGACCUGCAGGCAGCGGCGCAGGUGGGUGAGGUGGCGCUGAGCCCCUGGGGCCCGAGCAUGCCGUCGGAGACCGUGAGCCAUCUGCUGGCUCCCGCCGGCCCCGGCUGGCCCUUGCUCUCCUUGCGCGCCCACAGCGUGGAGCUGUGGCGCAUGCGGGAGCUCUAUUCGCCAUUGGCCCAGCUGUCGGCGCCGGUGCUCCACCUGCAGGUGGCGCCGGCGCUGCCCUCGCCCACGGCCCCGCAAGCGCAGCUGCCCACGCGCCUCGUGUGCGCCUGCGCCGACGGCUCGGUCUACCUGGUGUCGGUCUCCAGCGGACGCACCGUGAGCGUGCUUCUGCUGGAGCCCGAGGACUGCGCGGCCGCCGUGGCCUACUGCCUGCCCCGCGAGGUGCUGUGGCUGCUGACGCGCGCCGGGCACCUGCUCUGCGCCAACGCAGCAUGCUGCCCCAUGCGCGUGCUGCACCGCCUGUGCCCGCCGCCGCCCCCGGCGCCCCGGCCCUGCUGCCUGCACCUCUACAGCCACCUCACGGACCCCGGUAGUGCGUUCGCCACCUGGGAGAUAGUGCGCCAGUACAAGGGCGAGCUGUGCCGCAGUGACGUGGCCUGGGCCUGGAAGGACAAGAACCGGUACCUGCUCAUGGUGGGGCACACUGAUGGCACUCUGUCCGUACUCGAGUUGUGCUCCUCGAAGACGGUCUUCCGUACGGAGGCGCACGGCCCAGGCCCCGUCACCGCCAUUGCGUCCACCUGGAACAGCAUCGUGUCCUCGGGGGCAGACUUGACCGUGAAGAUGUGGCGCGUCUUCCCGUAUGCCGAGGAGAGCCUGAGCCUCCUGCGCACCUUCUCCUGCUGCCACCCGGCGGUGGUGCUCUGCGCCCUCGGGAAUCGCAUCACCGUGGGCUUCGAGGACCGGAACAGCGCCACCUAUGGCUUGGUGCAGUUUGGCCUGGGCAACAGCCCACGCUUUGAUCACCGGCCCCAGGACGACCCCACGGACCACAUCACCGGCCUGUGCUGCUGUCCCACGCUCAAGCUGUACGCCUGCUCCAGCCUGGACGGCACUAUCCGCAUCUGGACCGCGGAGAACCGCCUGCUGCGGUGGGCUGGGGGUAGGGGAGGGGUGGGGGCUUGCCUCUGCUGCUGCCUCCGUGUUCUGUUCCGAGGAGCAGGGCCGGACUGUCGGUCUGAACAACUCUCCAGGCUCCUGCAGCUGAACGGUGCCCCUCAGGCCCUGAGCUUCUGUAGUAACAGUGGGGACCUGGCGCUGGCCCUGGGCUCCUGCCUCUGCCUGGUGGCCCACAGGCUCUACCUGCCCACGUCUUACCUGAUUAAGAAGCUGUGCCAGGAUGCCCCUGACGUGGAUGCCCCUGCACUGCCGCUGACCAGCCAGGAGUCGCUGACCUCAGCCCAGCUGCAGAGGCUCGCCAGCCUGCGUGGGGUGCCCAGCCUCAGGUCUGCCGGCAGGCCCAGCCGAGCCGUCCCGGAGGCCCCGGCCUGGCUCCCCUGGGUCAGGGCCUGGCCGAGCGCUCCCAGGCCCCUUGGCCACCCACCGCAAGCCCGUCCCAGUCCCGGCCUUCCCACUCCUGGCUGUUCGUGGUUCCCCACCAGGGGCCUGGCCACCACCCCUGGGUCCCUGUCUCAGCCUCUGCCCUGUCCCACUGGUAUGCCACCCAGCGUCCCACCCGUGUCCCUCCCUGUCUGCAGCGCAGCCUCGUCCUUCAUCCAUCGCCAGGCGGCCACACCUCAGCAGCCAGUGGUGGAGAAGGACUUGGAAGCCUUCAUUGCCCGGGACCAAGACCUUCAGCAGCUGAAACUGGGGCUGGUGGGCCCUGCCGCCCGGCCCCCACCCUCCUGGCGGCAGUGCCAGGAGGCCUUUGACAACUACCUCCGUCUGAUUUACGGCCCUGGUCUGCUGGGCAAGCAUUCCGGAGGAGAGUCCCAGCGGCGGAGCACCGAGGCCCUGACGGUGGAGAGACAGACCUGGGACGUGUGCGCCCUGCCCACAGAUGUCCCCGAUUUCGGGGGCAUUGAAGCUUCGCCACCACAGGACCUUGGGACCCUGGGCCAGCGCUUUGCCCGCCCUCCCCGAGUCCCCUUGCCUCCCCCCACCACCCACCGGAGGUUGCCCAGCAGAGCAUCCCAGCUGCUGGCCCGCUCCUCCCCGAGCCACGAACUGGGCCUUAGUUUGCACCUGCAGCUGCAGUUGGAGCGGCUCCAUGGGGAGAAGCUUGUGGGCCCGGAUCCACUGUCCUCCCACCUGCAGCGCAGGAUCCCCCUGCUGCUGAAGAGGCGGCCCCAGGAGCGUUCCUCCAACCUCAGGGGCUUCUUCCCUGCCGCUGUUCAGCCCUAUAAGUACUGGCAGCGGCCCAUCCGCUUCCCGGGCUGCGUGCCCAACUCCGCGGUGCUGCAGCAGAUGUGGCAGCCUGUGGAGGUCAGCGGCCUCGGAGCCCUAGGCCCGCUCGGGCGCCGCUGCGAGAGCAAGGCAAGGGGCGGGGCGGGGCUGGGCGGGGUCUGCGGGGGGCGGGGCCGGCUCCAAGCCGCGCCCGUGGCCACGGCCUCGCUCUCCACUUCGCAGCCAGGCGGGAGCCAGGACGACCUGUGGCUGCCGCGGCAGCGCGCCAAGCGGCGGGAGAAGCUGAUCCAGUCGUUGGGAGAGGAGGGGGAGGAGGAUCUGGACGGGGCCUCGGAUUCGCUGGGCCCCUACAGGCAGCUCUCUGACCAGCUGCUGGAGUCCGAGGAGCAGGAGGCGCAGAGCCCCGAGUGUCUCAUCCCGAAGCCCAUGGGCUCCCGCGAGGACACCGCCAGGGCCGAGACCGGUCUUCACUGCCCCCAGUUCCACUAUGGGCACUCGCUCUGGGAAGAGCGCUACGGGCAUCUGCCUAGGUUCCUGCAUUUUUUCGUCGGCCAGAACUGGUUCAAAAAGCUCUUCCCCAUCUUCACUCUGCAGGCAUACCCCGAGGUGGGCACGGUGGAGGGCCUGGCCUUGCUGUUCAUGGACCUGCUGGACGAGGCCUCUUGGGCAGACCGCGUGCACAUUCUGCACGCGCUGCUGAGGCUGCUGCCCGACGUCAGCAGAGACCUCUGUAGCCGGCUGCAGGGCAUCCUCGUGCGCUUGCUCAACCUGGACCGGCCCCCCAGCCUCCAGGACGGGAUGCAGAAGCGGUUUGUGAUGCUGGCGCUGCAGCUGCUCCUGGCCUGCUCUCUGGAGUCCCGCGAGGUGGUGCUGGAGCUCCUGUGCUACUUCCUUUACUCGCCAGCCUCCUGCCGGCCGGAGCUCAGGAAGCUGCUGGAUGGACUCGGCCUUCAGGACCCGCAGGGCUUCCUGUUCAAGGAGAUGAUGACCUGGGUCCAGGGCCCGGACCUCGACUCCAAGGCCGCACUGCGCAAGCGCUGCUGCCAGAAGCUGGAGGAAAUGAUCUGGCAGCUGAAGGAGGCCCUGUCGCAGAUUUCCAUGGUCUCUGGGGCAACUGUUCAUAUCUCUGUGAUGCCCUCAAGCAUCUCCCGGACGCCCUCACCGGUGGUCUCACCCGGAGAGCCGGACUCGGCCGCCCUGGAGUCACAGGCCCAGCAGACGCUCGCACAGAUGCGCUUUGGGCGGACCCGACGUGCACUGUCUGAAACACUGACGCACUUCUGCCCCUUGCCUGAGGCCCACUUGCGAUCCUCCGCGCCAGCCGCACUGCCUGAUGAGCUGCUGCCUCUGGAGCAGACGAACUGGUCACAGUCAAAAAUGCUGGACCUGGGGCCCAUCGACGCACUCAACUUCUUCUGCGAGAAGCAGCGGGCUCGGCAGCAGGGCCCCCUGCAGGAGGAGCCCAAGACCCUGCCCCCUUGCCCGCCCCCACGGAGGCCCAGCAUGGUGGUGCCACAGCCCCGGGAACCCCGGCACUACUCCAUCCUCCGGCUUCAGGAGGCCAAGGUCCAGAGGUCUCCAAUGAAACUGAGGGGCCGAAUGCUGUCCCGGCUCUGGGCGGGCCGCACCCUGGAUGGCGCCAUCCGGAUGCUGAAGCUGCCACUGCCCCGGGUGGAACUGCAGCCUUUCCCCCCAGACUGGCCCAGGCCUGCCCAUCCGCUGUCCCCGCAGCUCCUGCAGCCUGCCCUGCAACGCUAUUUUCUGCCAGAUGACACGGACCCUGACAGCUACAGCUGACCUGGCUGGUGACCCUGGCCUGACCCUGCCUCCCCCUCUUCCCUCCAGCAUGGAGUCAGGACAUGGCUCUCCAGCCGGCUGUUCACCCCAGCCAAGGCCCAGGGCUGGAAUAAAGUCCAGAGGCCACGGCCAGCACACUGGAUGCCACCUUCACCUUUGGGGGCCACUGAUGUGGGCAGGGGGGGGGGGUCUGGCUGGUGUGUCACGAACCUGCUGGUGGCCAGCUGCAUGUGUGAGGCAGGAGCUGGGGGACCGGUGGGGUCUGGGAUGGGACAGGGUCUGGGCUCGGGUCAGCACGUGGUGGGGCAGUGUUCUCGGUGGGGGAGGGCCUGUCUGCCCAGAGAGGGAACCCGCCGCAUGGGCGUGGCCCUGCUCAGGCACUCAGCCACGGUGCUCAGUUAAUUACUGGGGUCAGGAGGGGAGGGGGAGACUAACGGGUGGGCCGGGGAGAGGGGAGGGUCUGGGUGGUCGCAGGUGUGUGUGGGAGAACUUGCAGUCAUUUGAUGCAGGUGAAACCAGGAGUCCGACGGAGCUUUGCUACCUUUAGGCUGGAAAGGAGAAAAAUUAAUGAAGAGGCCCCGUGUGCUUUAUCCAAGAAGCAGUAAAGGGGCAGUGUUCUUUGGACCUUUCAACCUAAAAGUCACCGGGAGAUUGACCUUGUCUGUGAAGCACAGGGUCUCGGGGCCUCGGCCUUCUUCUGAACUGCCAUGACCUCAAAGGGCACUGACCCAACCACACGUGGAGCCCACGUGCGCGCUGGCUAUUAGGAAGGCUUUUGUGACGGGCCUGUUCUAGCUUUCUAUAGCCUGCUGCUGGGUUGCCUGAGCAGCGAUUUCUUUCCUGUAUUUUCAGCCUCUGACUUUAGACAUUUCUGCUCAAUGGCUUUGUGGUUAAAAUUGGUCUCCCACACCUUUCCCACAGCCCCUAACCUGUGCAGGGGCUCUUGUUACAGGGCUGCUGCGUGGUCAGCUCUUUCCUAGGCCAAGGAGGGCCAGAAGUGCCAGGUCCAGAUAACUGAAAGACUUGACAUUUUUAUAAAAGGAACUGCACCUGCUAAAACAAGGACCGUGAGGCCCGUAGUAGUCUGCACCUACUGGUGUUUCUAUGUUUGGAAUUACAGAAGCAAUAAAUGCUUUAAAAAAUA